GUCUCAUCCGGGUUACUUGGCGAUUGAUGGUCGCCAUUUGUAAGAUUUCUAAGCGAUCAAAGAUCGCUGAACUGCGGAAUUCCAAGCGCAUCAAAGCUUUUGGGGGCUCGUGUUCCCCAAGUUGUUUAUUUAAAUUUCACUAACUUUCAAAAUAUUUACAUUUAAUAGAUCAAAAUUCUAUAAGAAUUUUGUUUUUUUCUCUUGAAUUGUGCAAUCAUGGAGCUGUAAAAAUGGUGUCUGUGAAAAUCUAUUUCUGUCAAAUUCCAAAAGGAAAGGCCUGUGGGUCAAACCUCGGUAUAACAGAGAUUGAUGUUAGAGGAGAGUGCUAUAACAAUGGAAAAGAAAUCAAACAAUCGUCCUUCUUCUGCUCCACAAAAACAAAAUGGUCCAGAAUCUAAAAAAGCUGAUAAUGGAAAUCAAAAUAAAUAUGCAAAAAGGAGAGAAACUAACAGCAGUAAAUCAUAUUAUCAAGAAUCAAGUCCACGACGUCCGACACCACAGAAAAAUAAAUAUGCUGUGGAUAAGAGACCUCGACCCAGGGGAGGAGGAGGAUAUCCAAGAGAAGACGUGAACGAGGAGUACCCUGUUGAUUAUGGUUCACCUCUAUUAAAAGGAAAAAAGGUUAAUUUAAACCAUUUACUGAAUUUCUCCUAUGCUCGGAAUGAUUCUUAUGAAGAACCCCCUCACUGGAGUGCAGGGGGAAGGGGCAAUGUCAGGAGAAGGACUGGUGGAAGAAUUAGCUAUAACAAGGAACAGUUUCUACAAGCAAACUAUCAGUUUAUUGUAAAAGAAGCUGGAGAUUAUGCCAUACAUAACAUUGAUCCUGAUAAAUUAGUGGAUUGGGAUAAUGUGGAACUCAUUAAAGUAAACAGUCAUGAAAUAUCAUCUUGUCCUAUAUGUUUGGACAAACCAUUAGCAGCUAAAAUGACCAGAUGUGGCCAUAUUUACUGUUGGCCAUGUAUUCUCCAUUAUCUAGCAUUAGGAGAGAAAACUUGGAGAAAAUGUCCUAUAUGUUAUGAAGCUAUCCAUGAUAAGGAUUUGAAAAGUGUUGUGACACAAGAGGUUCAUAAAUACAAUACAGGGGAGACUGUUACAAUGACACUGAUGAGAAGAGAGAAAGGAAUGACUUAUGCCUUGCCCAAAGCUGUGUGGGAGAAGAAGGAAGGAAAAAUACAUAGUUACACAGAUGAUGUCAACAAAACAAACUUCCUGAAGUUGUUAUCCAUGUCAGAGGAAGAUAUUCAGAAGUUUGUUGUAGAGCCAGAAAGAUUGACAUUACAGAAUAAACUAAAAGAUGCUGAGGCAUCAGAAGUUGCUUUUAUAGAUUCUGCACUACAUUUAUUGAAGACAAGACAGCAGACGACAGAUGGUCCAGGUAACACCAGCAGCAGUAGAUCAGAAUCAGAAUCUUCAACUGAAGAAAUACCAGAGUCUGCUGUGUCUGUACCUAAAAUGCUACCAUCUACUAAGGCAAAAAACUAUGCAUCUGCCUUCUCUGAUGAUGAAGAAGAAAGUAUGGAUGUAUCACUGGACAGAAGUUUAAGCCCUGCUGAGACUGAAGUUAGUGUACCAGUUAAAGCAAGGACUCCUAGCCCUCCUUCAGAAGCAGUGGCUAUUGCCAGUAAACCUGAACCUGAGGACUUGUCAGCCGUCUGUGGUUCCCCCCAGGACCCAAGACAGUCACCACCUGUUGAUGUUCUACCUGAUUCCUUACCAGUUGAGGAAGCAGCUGAAUAUCUAGAGAUGCCAGUCGUUACUGAAGACCAGCAGAGUAAAAAGAGACAGUUCAAUGACAAUGCUUUCUACUUUUAUCAAGCUUCAGAUGGACAACAUAUCUACCUACAUGCCCUGAAUGCCAGGUGUCUAGUGAAGGAGUAUGGUUCCCUGUCUAACUGCCCAGAGACUAUCACUGCUCAAAUAGUACAGAUGGAAAACAUAUUUAUGUCUGAGGAAUUGAGGAAGAGGUUACGUUACCUUGGACAUUUACCAUUGACAUGUGAAUUUGAAGUAGCUGAACUAACUUUGAAGCCACCUGUGUUGUCAAAAGAAACACUUAAAUAUUUCACUGAUGAGAUUGAGAAGAGAAGAAGAUUACGUCAGAAGAAGAGCAGGGAUGAGAAAAGAUGGACCAGGAAAGUACAAGAUGAAGAAAACAAAAAGAUGGCUAAAUACAAUAUCUAUGGAACUGAUUCCUUAAUUGUACAGAGCCAGUUCAUGCCAACAGCAAUGUCAAUAAACAGACCAAGCUCACCGGCUGGCAAGAGUGAUGAUAGUUCAUACAGCAUGUCAUCCAUAAACACCCCAGUAGGAUCACCACUAGCUGAUCCUGCUGGCGAAGAGGAUAUUGAUGGACUUCAAACAUCAAAUUUCUCAUUUGCUCAGAUGCUUAAAGCUGGCCAGUCUAAGACUCCCACUUGGCCAAAGGCUAAAACUAAAUCUGAGGCUCCUAUGCCUAGUAGUGUGUCUAGAUCUAAGGACAGUGAUGAGAGUGAUAAUGAAGACAAGGUGCCCAUACCUAUGUUUAGGGAAUCAUUUGGUGAUGCCAUACAGACAGCAUUAGAUUCACACAUGGCCAAGUCUAAAGAUGAUGUCUUACCAGUAGAAACAACAGAAAAGUCAGGUGGAAAGAAGAAAAAGAAACAACAGAAACUACUUUUGUUUACAACAUCUAUGGCUCGUGGAGGGAAAUAGUCACUUUUGAUCAUUCAGGAUACUCUAUAGUUCAACCUUGCUGAAGAAAAAAUAAUCAGUAUUCUUUAGAAUGGUCAUCAAAAGAUUAAUUGCUUACAAAAGUUAUUUUGCAGCUUAAUGUCACAUGAUAUUUUUAUACUGACUAAACAAGUUUUUUUCUGCAUGUUUGUGGCGAUACGACUGACCAGCUUGGACAUUGAAGACCUUUUAUUCUACUUUCUGAUAAAGAAUUUUCAGUUUCUCAUUAUUGUUUUGUAAUGGUAUAAAACCCAUUCUGUUCAUAAAGUUAUGUAAUUACCUGAUCAUAUAGGGGGAAGGGGGAUAUGAUUUCUGUAACAUAAUUGCAAACUUUUUCAUUUGAGUUGGUGUGCAAAAAUAAAGGAAUUAAUAAGAAAAGUAAACAAAAUUGGAGAUUGGAAGAAUUUUAAAAUACAUUCUUGUUUUGAAAUGCUAUAGUAAUUGUGUGAAAAAUAGUUUCCAUCAGGAAGAUUUGUUAUUUGUCAAAACAUCAAAUAUUUAUGUGGAGAAAUCAAGUUAUAUAAUGCAAUUUAUAUUGUUGUCAUUAUGUAUGUUCCUAUUUAUUCCAUCAAUACAUAAAAAAAAUGGUCCUCUCACAAACCCAGUACUUAAUGUUUUUCAUGACAGUAUUAAAUGAAGAAAUCAAAUGAUACUGGCAUGUUGAAAAGGUAGUGCAUCACCUUUUAAAAAAAAAAAUAGAUUUUUACAUCCAUAGUUUCUUCAGUAUUUCAAAAAUUUAUUCUGGUCUUAUUUUUGUGUUAAAUGGCAAUAGCUAUAUUUGAUAAUGGAAAUAAUUGAAAUGAUUAAAAAAAAUAUAUACAUAUAAUUGAAGGAUUUAUAUUUUAAUCAUCUUAAGUGUUUCUGAACAUUGUGCUGAAGUGACCGUUAUCAUAUCCUAUUGCUACAUCUGUAGUUAUUGUUAUGUAGAAUUUGUGAUUGGUGCAUAAUUAGGCUAAAUAUUUUUACAUUGUGAUCGAAUUGAAUUGAAUCCAUUAUUGCAUUAUACAUUGUGAAUUGUUGACAUGUGAUAAAUAUGAAAUGGAUAUAUGGUCAUGCUAUGCAUAGUGUUUGUUUAUUUUUUACUUUUUAUGUAUGUAAAGUAAUUAAAACAAAUAAAUUGUAACUAAUUUGAUAAUAGUCCAGGAAUAGUUUGUCAUCUCAAAACUAUAUAUCAAAAUUGGAUGCAAAAAAAAGGAUUGAAAAGUGCUUUGAAAUUUUUUGUGAAACUGCAUGAUAAAUACUAGCAUUUUCAAUAACGAAGAUGAAAUUAUACGACUGCCAAAUUGGGUGCAGUUUGUAUAUUUAGAAAUGUUGAGUUUUAUCAUGAAUUUGCUGCCAAGUUGGGUGCAGCAGUAAAUCAUUUUUAUCUAAAAUAGUAUUUUAUUACCUUUAAGAAAACUAUAUUUUAUUUUUUGGAAGCACGUUAAGUAUGUCUUGCAUUCAUGAGAAGUAUUUUUGGCAAAUAUAAAAUGAUUUAUUUUUAUAAUAACAUGUAUAAAGUAAACAAGAAAGAGAUCAGAUAAUACAUUAUUUUACUAGUAAUUUGGGAAAUUUGUUGGUGACACGAUAAUAAACACAAAAUGUUUGCUGGAAAAAAUGAAAGAAAAGUAUCGCAGUUUGAAACCAUGAAAUUGGACUGAUCUAUCAAUUCCAAAUACUAUUAUUAAUUUAAACACCUUAAGAAAUUACAAAUCAAAUAUAGAAUGGCAUUGAAAUUCUUUCAUUGAUUGUUUUAAAAGAUAUUUGUAAUGAAUAUCUUGAGUAGCAAUAAUUCAUAUCUGUGAAGCAAUGUUAUUUUGUAUAUUUGUAAGCAUUGUUUGGUUAUUUAUUGGCAUGGUAUUGCCUUUAAUAUUUGUUUUGUUAUUCCAAUUGUUCUGUAUAGGCAUCCCUGAAUAUUAAAAGUUUGAGCUUA